GAAAACCACCAUUCCAUCCACCGAGAUGGCUUCCACCGCUGCCAAGUUUCGUUACCAAAAACUGAGAAAUGAAGGAGGAACUGACGCCGGUGAUGAAGGGGAGAAGGUGCUAGCAAAACCAAGAAGCAGCUAUAGCCUAAAAAGGGUGUCCAUGAAGAGAAGAUUCCGGCUCAAAAUUCCGGGACUGAGGAGGUUUGCAAAGGGAAAAUGGAAGAUGGCUUCUUCUGUGAGGGUCUCGUUUGGGAAGGUAAUGAAGAGAUUGAAAGAGAGUCAGGCUCAUUUUGGUGAUCUUUUUGCUGGGAAUUAUCUUUUCAUGCAAGUUAGUCCUUCCUCAUUGAAUUUCAUUCAAAAAUCUUGUGAAGGCCCAACUGCCCUCAAUGGGAUUCCUUCUAGGUACUCUCUUCCCAAGGUUAAUGCUUGAAUAUUGCCCUUUUCCUUGGUUAUCCUAUCCAUUUCAUUUCUCUU